AAUAUCAACUACAAUAAGGAUUCCUGCAACAGAACCAGCCAAUUACCGUCGGUAAUUGAGAAUUUAUCCCAUAAUAAUUGUAAUAUUGGUAGUAGUGGCAGUAGCAGUUAUUCUGCUAUUGAUAGCAAUACACUGAUCAACAACUACAAUAACAUCGUCAGCUUCAGUAGCAGUAAUAGUAAUACCAAUAAAAGCAUCAGUAGUAACAACAACAACAGCAGCAAUAUUGCAUUUUCAACAUUAACAAACUCACUAACAACUGCUGCCAAUAAUAUUAUACAACGACAACAACAGCAGCAGAAAAACCAGCAACAUUCACUAUCAUUGCAAUUACCAUUUGCUACAACUCCUUCAAAAACUGCAAGUGGUAGUGGCAGUUAUAGUGGUGGUAGUAGAGCUUCAUCGUUAUUAAACUCAUCAUCGUUUAAAGCGUAUCCUUCAAUAAAUUCCGCAUAUUGGCUGCCAUCACCGCAUCCUUCGCCAUAUGCCAUUCCAGAACGCAAACUGUUUGUUGGCAUGCUAAAUAAGAAACUGAACGAGAACGACGUACGUAAAUUAUUUGAAGUGCACGGUGCGAUCGAAGAGUGUACGGUGUUGCGUGAUCAAAACGGUCAAAGUAAAGGGUGUGCAUUUGUGACGUUUGCCACAAAACACGCAGCGAUAUCAGCGAUUAAAGUAACUUUAAAUCAAAAUAAAACUAUGGAAGGCUGCACUUCACCAUUAGUUGUGAAAUUCGCCGAUACCCAAAAGGAAAAGGAACAAAAGAAAAUUCAACAAAUCCAGGCGAAUCUGUGGAAUUUGGCGACGAAUAUUAAUAUACCUUUGGGUCAAACAGCGACAACGGUUUCGACGCCCAUGCUACCCAAUCCACCCCAACAGGCGAGUCCUGUUUUGGGCGCAGAUGCUAUAACGCCAGCAUCAUUGCAGUUGUUGCAACAAUUGCAGGCAGUCGGUUUACAACAGCAGCUAUUGCAAGGUUUGGGUGCACAAACAAAUACUGCAGAUACAGCAGCUGCCACAGCUGCUGCUGCAGCCGCUGGUCUUCUACCUCCUAUGACUGUACAAAACUUAGCUGCUCUGGCAGCCAUGACACAACCCUCAUUGACAAAUGCUGCCACUAAUCCGGGCAGUGCCCAGUUGACAAAUACAGCCGCCUUAUUGUGGUCUGAUCCAAACUCUUUAGCUUCAGCCUAUAUGUCAACAGCCGGUCUACCACAAUUUGGUAGCGGCCUAACUUCUUCACCUUUAGCCAGUGUUGCCUUAAGUACUGCAGCUGCUGCAGCAGCAGGAAAACAAAUCGAGGGUCCUGAAGGCUGUAAUCUCUUCAUAUAUCAUUUGCCGCAAGAAUUCACUGACACCGAUUUGGCAUCAACUUUCCUGCCAUUCGGAAAUGUAAUUUCCGCCAAAGUUUUCAUCGAUAAACAGACAAACUUGUCCAAAUGUUUUGGUUUUGUAUCGUUUGAUAACUCAGAAUCGGCGCAGGUAGCCAUUAAGGCAAUGAAUGGUUUUCAAGUGGGCACCAAGCGUCUAAAGGUGCAACUUAAGAAACCCAAAGAUGCCUCCAAGCCAUACUAACAUA